CACGCUGCAGGAUUUAUUGCACAGAGAACGGACACCUUUUGAUAGUAAAAUACCGAACUGAACCAAUAGUAUCUGCAAAAAUGGUUGAUGCUUUCUGCGGCACAUGGAAACUGGUCGACAGCCAGAACUUUGAUGAGUACAUGAAGGCACUAGGUGUUGGUUUUGCCACUAGACAAGUGGGCAAUGUCACCAAACCAACAGUAGAGAUCAGCCAGGACGGAGACAAAGUGGUGAUUAAAACGCUCAGCACCUUCAGGAACACUGAGAUCUCCUCCAAACUUGGAGAGGAGUUUGAUGAGACCACAGCUGAUGACCGACAUGUCAAAUCUAUCUUCUCCACGGAAGGAGACAAACUUGUGCAAGUGCAGAGAUGGGAUGAAAAGGAGACAAAAUUUGUCAGAGAAAUCAAGGAUGGGAAGCUGGUGGCGACUUUGACUUUCGAGGGAGUCCAGGCUGUCCGCACAUACGAGAAAGCCUAACUUUUCCAUCCACUUUCAUGUGCAAAUCAUUUAUCCACUGCAAACACUACACCAGUUACGCCGUGAUUUGCUGUUGAAACAUGAGAUAAAUAUUUUGAAAAAUGAUUUUAUAAGAUCUAUUGUUAGAAAUUCCCACUGUGAAGGGCCUAAAAAUGUUUAAAAUAAACUGGUCGUCGAAACCUUAA